AUGCUGCACGCGAAGUCCUUGUUCCUGACUGUCAUGGGCCUAGCUGCCUGCGGUCAGGCAGCCAAGGUUCACUUUGAUCUUGACCUUACAUGGCAGAGGGGCUCACCCAACGGAGUCGAGAGGGAUAUGAUCUUUAUCAAUGAUCGCUUUCCAGGCCCACCAUUGAUCCUGGAUGAAGGAGAUGAAGUCACAAUCGAGGUGACCAAUCACUUGCCAUUCAAUACAUCUGUCCAUUUCCAUGGCAUUGAACAAUUCAACACCCCAUGGGCGGAUGGAGUAUCAGGUCUAUCGCAAUGGGCGAUAAAGCCUGGUGAGAAAUACCGGUACCAGUGGAAAGCUACAACCUAUGGCACAUACUGGUAUCAUGCCCACGACAAAGACAGAAUAAUGGACGGUCUCUACGGUGGCAUUCGUAUUCGCCCAUCUGCCGACCGAGACUCUCCAUUCUCAAUGAUCUCCAAUGACCCUGCCGAUAUCCAGGCCAUGACCAAGGCUGCUCAUGAUGCCCAGUUGGUCAUAAUGUCUGACUGGGACCAUCUCGCAUCCGACGACUACAUGAAUGCCUUGAAAAGCUCGGGAUACGAUAUUUUUUGCUCAGACAGCAUUCUCAUCGACGGAGCAGGCUCUGUAUACUGCAAAGAUCCUGACUAUUUGACCAACCUCCAGCCACCUCAAGUAAGAGCGGUCGUUAGUGAGCCUUUGACAGAUAAAGGAUGCGACCCGUUCAUGGCUGUUCUACAAGGUAACUGGGAACACCACCCAGAGCUACUUCCUGCGGGAUUGAACUCCGGAUGCGUGCCUAGCGAGGGCCCAACUUCCGCCUUUGAAGUGUCACCUGAAGCUAGAUGGGCCAGUCUCAACUUCAUCAGUGCAGCAAGUCUCAAAUCGCUGAUCUUUUCCAUUGAUGAGCACCCAAUGUAUAUCUACGAGGUAGAUGGACGUUACAUUGAGCCGCAGCUUGCGCAUCAGGUUUCAAUUUAUAACGGAGAGCGUUACUCUGCUAUGAUCAAACUGGAUAAGGAACCUGGCAGCUACACGAUCCGGGUCGCUGGUCACGAUAACCAGGUCAUCUCUGGCUACGCCACUCUUUCCUACAAGGGCGGCGAACAAAACACGCGUGAAUCAACCGCAUACAUUGACUACGGUGGUAGUAACACUACAGCCUCUGUCAUUGAUCUUGAUACCAGAAAUCUGCCACCAUAUCCUGCUAUCCUGCCCGCGGAGGAUAGUGACGAUUUCCAUCUUCUAACCCUCGGGCGGAUCAACUCAUCUUGGGAAUGGACUUUGGACGGAACAACCUUCCUGCCUGCUAAUCUGAAUGAGAUGGAGCCAGUCAUCCUCAAUCCCAAAGCACCCGGCUUGGAUUCUGCGCUCAAGAUUGAGACCCUGAAUGGUUCUUGGGUAGACAUUGUGUUCCAGCUCGCCAUCCCAGAGCCAACCAAGCUUCAGCCACCACACCCCAUGCACAAGCAUUCUAAUAAGGCAUUUGUGAUUGGCAGUGCAAUGGGCAACUUUGAGUGGAACUCUAUUGCGGAAGCAAAAGAAAGCAGUCCGGACAGCUUCUUCAAAACGCCUGUCUACCGGGAUACGUUUGUUACUGCGCCAAAUGGAGUAGCCUGGAUCGCUAUUCGUUAUCAAGUUGUGAACCCAGGUCCAUUCCUCUUGCAUUGCCAUAUGGAGACGCACUUCAUGUCGGGAAUGGGAAUGAUUUUGCUAGAUGGUGUGGAUGCUUGGCCUGAAGUUCCUCCUCAGCAUCUAUAG